UGAUGAGAGGAGAAAUAGUGAUUCAAAGAAACCAAAGAGACGUCCUAUAUUUGAAUUUCCAUCUCUGCUUUCUGUGUCUGUCGUCGUUGGACGUUUUGACGAGCAGAGGCGGAUUUGACAUUGGACGGAGCGGCUCUUUGUGCCCUCAACCCACGGACUCAGGCUCCAGAAGCCUCCCUCUCUCCCAGUCAGACCAGUAAAGUGCUACCUCCAGUCCAGCAAAGAUGGCUCCAACUUUGACGACAGCAUUCUCCCGCCGCUGGUGGAUGGCGGUGACGGCGGUGAUAGAGAACCUGCUUUUCUCUGCUGUACUACUGGGCUGGGGAUCCCUGCUCAUCAUGCUCAAGUCUGAGGGCUUCUACUCCUACCUGUGCAAAGGACCAGUGAACGACACCAGCCUCAACAUCUCCAACACAUCUACUGCAGAACCAGAGGAGGAGUACCUGGAGCAGAAUGGCUGGCCCAUUUGCAAGGUCCAGGACGAGAUGCUGAACCUUGCCUUCACUGUUGGCUCCUUCCUGCUGUCUGCCAUCACACUGCCCCUUGGCAUCGUCAUGGACAAAUAUGGUCCCCGUAAGCUACGCCUUCUGGGCAGUGCCUGCUUUGCCAUCUCCUGCCUCCUCAUCGCCUAUGGUGCCAAUGACCCUAACAACCUGUCCAUCCUGAUCUUCUUUGCUCUGGCGAUGAAUGGGUUUGGAGGAAUGUGUAUGACCUUCACUUCUCUGACGCUCCCCAACAUGUUUGGAGACCUGAGGUCGACCUUCAUCGCCCUGAUGAUUGGCUCCUACGCCUCCUCUGCUGUAACUUUCCCAGGCAUUAAGGUGAUCUAUGAUCUCGGUGCCCCCUUCAUCACCAUCCUGCUGGUUUGGGCCGCCUGCGCCUGCCUCGUCUUCCUCAACUGCUUUGUCAACUGGCCUCUGGAGCCCUUUCCUGGCCCUGAGGACAUGGACUUCACAGUAAAGAUCAAGUUCAGCUGGCUGGGCUUCGACCACAAAAUCACAGGGAAGCAGUUUUAUCGACAGGUAACCACUGUGGGGCGCCGCCUUAGCGUUGGCAACUCCAUAAAACGUGAUCACCAGCACCCUAAAGAUCUGGCAACUCAGGAGGCCAACAAGCUGUGCCUUUCUACUGUUGACCUCGAAGUGAAGUGCAAAGACUCAGAAGAGACUCAGUCCUUCAUGAAGAGUAUCUUCAGUCCCAUCUUCCUGCUCAGCCUCAUCACCAUGUGUGUCACCCAGCUGCGCCUCAUCUUCUACAUGGGAGCCAUGAACACCAUUCUGGAGUCGCUGACGGAUGAAGACCUCAGCACAGUGAGUGUCUACACAUCCAUCUUCGGCGUGCUGCAGCUCCUGUGUCUGGUCACCUCUCCUGUGAUCGGCUACGUCAUGGACUGGAAACUCAAAGACUGUGAGGACGAGAAUGACAAGAUAACCAAGAGGGAGCCUGGUCAGCCACGUCGCCCCAGUAAACAGAUCCAGAAGAUUGUCAAUGCCACCAGAGCCUUCAUCUUCACAAACCUGCUCCUGGUGGGCUUUGGAAUCACAUGCAUCAUCCCCAACCUGCCCCUCCAGAUUCUGUCCUUCAUCUUGCACACUAUCGUCAGAGGCUUCAUCCACUCUGCAGUCGGAGGCCUUUAUGCAGCUGUGUACCCGUCCUCUCAGUUCGGCAGCCUUACAGGUAUGCAGUCGCUGAUCAGUGCCCUUUUCGCCCUGCUGCAGCAGCCUCUCUUCAUGGCCAUGGUGGGACCCCUGGACAAAGAUCCUCUAUGGGUAAAUGUUGGCCUCUUAGCUCUGAGCAUGCUGGGAUUCUGCCUGCCCUUAUACCUGCUUUUCCACAGCCGCCACCUCCAGCGCCUGAGAGACGAGCGCGAUGAGGACCCAAAGAUCUACGUCAAGAUGAACAACGACAGCAAGCCUGAGGCCUUCGUCUAAACCAGAGGGAGGAAAAAAAUAUCUUUAAAAACACAGAAAGAACGAACUACGCUGAAAAGAGACAGAACAAGAGGAGAAGAAGAAGAGAUGAUGGAGGUCACGUGUUCCUUCACUAUGUCCUCCCUGACGCUGCACCCAAAAUCACAUUCAUUCACCUCAUUUUACUGCCAAUCAUAUGUGGUCUGAUACGACCGCACACCACUGUGACACACACUUUCACUCUCUAUGAUACACUGUGAGAAAACACAAACACACAGAGGAGAAACAUGGACUUACAGGAGAGAGAAGUGACUUUUGAAACCUCUCUGAAUGACUCCUCUACACAUCUUCCUUUUUCUGUGCUCAUUAUUUUACAUAAAACAGAAGAAGCUGUCAGCCAAGGAGGAGAACUUGGAGGUGACAAAACAAAUCUCAGUGACAGUAUUUUGCUUUACGAUUCACCUCAACUGUUGUGGACUCAGUUUCCAUAACAAACUCCUCUUCUCUGUUGUCCGAGGUGCCCUAUCAGACACCACAUGCUACUUUUACACAUUCAUAUACAUAAACACAGAAGAGUAGCAGCCUUGGGCUUGUUAUCUCUGCCUUCUCUUGUACCUGAGGGCAUUAACUGAGAAAAGGUUCGACAGACAUAUAGCAGUAUUGGUAGCUGAUUUCAAGUGCGCAGUUUGAUGGCUUUUUAAUUGACGAGUUGCUCCAAAAACUCACUGCAGCAGCAGCUCUACUUGUGUGUUACAUAAUACAGUAUGAGAUGAAGCUGCGUUCUGGGGUUUAAAUACUGCAUGAUGCCAGCCAGAGACAGUGCUGGCCCUAUUUAACUGUUUCACUCAGUCACUAUAGCGCAGGAAAACCAGAGGUGGGCACAGUUGAAUCAGUUAAUCCACAAAAGAAGGUGUUAAUGUAGAAAAAAAAUGAUGCUUUCUUAACUGAAGUAACAUUAGAAUUAUCAAGCCAUACAUCACUAUCAAGUUAAAUUCUUUUGAUUCGGACCAUUUCAAGAUCCAAACAACAUAGCAGCCGCUAUGUCUGCAUUUCUCUGCAAUUUGUAGAGUCAUUUAGCUUACAAUUUGAAGCUCCACUGUUCUCUCCUGAUCAUAAUAUUACAACAAAAAUGAUCUUGCUGCAUUGGAAAAGAGCUCUACAAUCCAAAUCUUGUAAAAGACUUAAUCCAAUCACAUUACAUCCAUAAAAAUCUGCUAAUUGCUUCAAUCCUGCAGCAGCAUUUAACAUUUUUUAAUAGCACAUUUUGGGAAAUUAUGGCUUGUUGUUCAGUAAGCUCUCUAUGUUUUACGAUCUUCCUUGAAAAUGAUGUUAAUGAAAACUGAAUUUAAGAGAAGUUUCAGUAAUUGUUUUUCAAAUGAAUGCCUUUGUUAGAGUUUAAUGAAACACUUGACGCCUGUAGUUGUAGGAUUAACGGAUUUACAGAUUUGUGCCCAGCUCUGAGGAAAAAAACACACACAAGCUCAACUUGCCAUGUUUUUAUUUUUUCAUGAAUUCCUUACUGUGUUUAGAAUAUGUAACCUUUUGUUGUUUUUAUUCAAAUGUAUUUACUUGCAAUAUGAUCACGGAUAUGUGGAAACAUGCUUAGCCUAGGUAGAUGGGACAGCUGAUGUAGUGCAUUUGUGUUUUUUUUUUUAAAGGGGGGAGUUUGUAGCGUACAGGUGGAACUAGGCGUUACACUCGCAUGAAUUCGUCGUAGCAAUAAGUGCUUCUGUGAGGUGCUGGGCAACAUGUUGACACACGCUGACAGGUGAACGUGAACAUUUUAUGGGCUGCAGUCAUAAACGGUGCUAGAUGAAUUACAGAAGUGUCAUUUUUGGGUUUUACUUUAAGGUUCCCAUGAAAUCAGAAAGAUGGUUUUGAUGCCUUUGCAGCAAGUGGCACCAAUAAUGUGACCCAAGAUUUUAAAAAUUCAUUUCAUGGGCGAAGGCUUUUAAUAAUAUUUCAGAGUUGUCAUUUUUUAAACUAAAGCUGCUGGAAUUUUAUUUGUCCUUCCCCACUGAUACAGGUGGAUAGUACAGUUGUGCAUUGUUCUCUUUUCUGCAUGCAGUCUCACAGGCUGAUGUAAAUGGCAUCAAAAAUUAGCAUCAAAUUCCAUAAAACAGCUAAUGGGAUAUAUUUCACAUUCAACUAGGCAAGAGAUGGAUACCAAAAACACAUCCAGUACUUACCAAACCCUAUCAUGAAUCAGAUUUAGGUACUCUAUAGUAAAGAUGGUAAACCAUCUCAGCCGUCUCCUCUCAGAAAAGCAUUCAUUAUUGCUUUUUAGCAUCAAAAACUGUGAAUUUCACAAAGAUCUUUCCUUAGCUUUUGGUACUAAUAGGAUAAAGGCAAUGCCUCUAACUUGUUAAGAUAUCUUGAGGCAGACAACAACACUAUACAACCCUGCUAUGCUUUGACAUUUAGCAUUUCUGCUGUUUGGCUUUUGGGUCAAAGCCUGGCAUUGAGUCUGUGGAGAUUUUGAAGGCAUUGUCAAAGCUCCAGCACUGAUUUUAAAGUAUCAAUUUUGCACAGAUACACCGAACCUUAAUCUGGGCAACACUCCAAAAAUGAGGUUGGGGAAAAACUUGGAGGGUGAUUGGACGAACUCUCUGUCAUAUUUAUAUCAGGCAAUCAGAGCAGCAAAAAUGAUGUUGGCUUGUGCUGCCCUAGGGAGCGAGCUACAGCAUGACAGGCCACUGUUGUUGUUGAGCUAGUCGGUGAAUCAAACACCAGUUUGCCUUGCUUUUAAUAAAGAAAUGUCCAUCUGAUAAAACUUCCGCUAUAGUUGCAUCCAUGCUAAUCCAAUCUGCAGUUGCCAUUGUUUACAAGCUUGCAGUCAUUUUAGCUAAACCAUGUCUGUAGCUAAUGCCUCUUUCUUCUCAAAUAACACUGAUUGGUCUGGUCAAUCUCUGACCUGGAACAAGCCUAUCAAUCUUUGCCUGAGGACAGACUGGAAUCUGGCUAGUCCAUCUGCUUUCAAGGUUUUAAAAGCAGAAUUAUAUUUCAUCCUGCCAGCUCUUUUCCUCGUUUUUUUGUGUAUUUUUUAUUCAAACAUUUCUGAGGAUUUGAGCAGCAUCUAAAGUCUGGUUCAUACUUCUGCAUCAGAGCAUGUGCCAUAGGUCUGUUAAGCCCUGAUCCUACACAGAGGCCUGCACAGGUAGCCAGAUGCGAAUUUGUGCAGUCGCUCGAAUAAACUUUCUAAUCAAGACUGCAAAAUGGGCUCCUCUAGUAUUUUGCAGAGUAAAGUUGCUUUUUUCCAGUGAAGUUUUGGAUGAAACAACCAAUAAAAUGGCACCUUACAAUCAAUUUCAUGGGAACAUUAAAGGACGACUGCAAUCCACUGAAACAUAAGAGCUGUUUUUGUUAAAUGGAUUCCAAAGAAACAAUCAACAAACCAUUUCAAAAUAUUAUUUUGAUGUUGUUUUCUAUCUGCUUUGUGUUUCUCUGUUCCCUAAAGUGAAACUAUAAUAGCCGCUCUGGGAAACUUGAAUUCACCUCUACUAAUAAUUUAACAAACAUUAAGGGAGAUUUAAUUGAAGGUAGCAGGCUGACAGCGAUCCAAACCUCCAGCUUCUGAGCAGAAUAGAAGAUAAAAGUCGAUGCACAGAAGAAUGGAGGGCAAAACAGGGAGAUAAUAACCACUGACUCAUUCAGCCUGCUGCCUUCAAAAGCCAAACAUAGAAGCUCCUCAGAUAUUUUUCUUACCUUGCAGUAGCUCGCAGAGGCACUUCCAAAGACAGCCAUGACCCUCAGAGUGCCUCUUUAUGUGUAGAACGAUGGGAGGAGUGGAUCCAGGCAGGAUGUGGCACACACCCGUCCCUCUUUCCUUUCUACACAGUUGUACAUCUGUCACUUUCAUCUGUUCAAACUCAUCGUAGAGCUGAGAGACAAGCCUCUGCUGCCUUUACAUGCUCCCAGUGAGUGACUUAAGUGAGAAAUGAAUGGCACAUGAUGCACUUUAGACCUCUAGAAAUGGACCUCAGUCUUGUUUUUCUGAACGGCCUGCCCUCUCUGUAAUCGUUUGGUGGCGUUUAAUGCACAGAAUGUACACUUUAGAGCUUCAGAUUUAGAUUUUUAACACAUGGAAACAGAAAGAUGCUGUUAUUUUUUAUAUUCACAGAAACAAAAGCUAUUGCUUCAUACGUGGUUGAAUACUUUGCCUUUUUGUGCACAGGAAGUGUGGCAGAGGUUUGUCUCUGGGCUCUUUCAAUAACCUAAAUACACAGCAAAACUCUAGUCAUCCUUUAUAAACUGCAUGAGUCAGUGUAAACAGACGUCUGGAGGAAAAAUACUGCAUGUGUUAUGAUUUAGCAAUGUUUAGAGAGAUGGUAAAUGUGAAGAAACUCUUAUAAAGUGUAUAGAGUUGCAUAUUGUGAUGCAGAUUUUAAAGCAAAAGUUGAAUUUGAAGAUGUGUUCAUUUUUUUUUACCUUCACCCAUCCAUUUUCUCAUCUUUUGUACAGUUUGAAACUAAAGUUUUCUAAUGCACAUCUGGCAGACAGCUGUUUUUUUUAACUCAAAGCAGAAAGUAAUGGCGCAGCACUUGAGUUCUGACAAGUCUUGCAUGAAUUACUUUCUUUGCAUUUCUUUGCAUUAAAUUUUUCAUUUGAGUAUCCCAAAAGUGCAAAACUGGUGUAACAAGAAUCUAUCUUAAUCCCACCAAAUAUUUCCUCAACCAUGAGUCUGACUUGUUUGGUUUUUCACUUUAGCUCCCAUAGACUGUAGGGAAUAUUGGAUGAAGACAUCAGCCAGUACUGAGGGGGAUUUUGAAGCUAAUCUGCAUUAGUCGCCAUAUUGAAAAUUAUGUCUCAAACUUAAGCCAGUGAAAGAGGAGGAGGUUGGGCUGAAAUGGGCCUGCUUAACAAAGCUGUUGUCAUAUCAGCUUUUGCAAGCCACUAAAGACCAAAACAACCAACAUAGCCCAUAAAGAAAUUGAUUAUUCCAAACAGAUUUAACUGAGCUGCAUGUUUAGUUCUGCUAUAAUAAUCAGCAUUUUAACAUGGCUGAUGCUUCUGCAGCUGACCUCUUGUGGACACUAGAGGAGCUGCAGUUUUUUUGCGCUAAACUGAUUUCAAGUCACCACAAAACUUUUCUCAGGGACAGGGGAACUUUCGAGGGAAUCAGUGCAUCCCCAUGGCAAAGAUCAGCAUCCAUAUUAAGCUCUUGGGAAAUUAUUCCCAUGAUAAAUCAUCUUUGCUUAAAGGGUUGUACUCUCAUAGAUUAUAAGAACUGAAUCCAUAUUCAGUAUUUUAUAGCUGGUAUGCAUUUGUGACACUUUUCCAUCCGACCAUGCCCCUCUGAUAAACUGAGUGUGGAAACAUUUAAAGGCAAUACCAAGAAGCCAAAAAACAGGAGCAUAGGCAAAUCUGCUUAAAUGAAAUCCAUUUUUUUCUCCAUAUUGGUAACUAUGACAGAGUGACUAGUGAUCCAUGUAUGUGGCCAGAGAUCAGGCGCCCUGUCAUUUUUACGUAUCUGAUUUCAAGUACACAACACUGUCCUUUUGUUAUCAAACAUUUACCUUUUUACUGUCCUCUUAUUUCCUUUUUUAAUCCAUGACAAAUUCCUUUUUUUGGUGGUUAAGUUCAUGUCAUAAUCUUCAAUCUAUCUGAAGUUCCCUGUUUUCUUUGAAAAUAAAGACAGCAAAUAAUUCCAAAGUACGACAAAAGGAGAUUAAUCAUGUUUAACUUUGAAAAUUCAGAUUUUAAUUGUGAUUGAAACUUUAAGUUUAAAAGCCCUGUUAUUAAACAAACUGUCUAGGGGUGUUAGUAUAACUUUAAAAGAUAUAAUUGAAUACAUUUAGCUGUGCUAACAUGUUUACAUGUGCUUUUAAAGCCCCACUUUUAGUCAGACUAACAUAAUAAAGUUUUCCUACCUCGUGUAAACA